AUGAAUCCUUUUGUAAAAAAUGGAUUUUCAAAUUGGAAAAAGGGCGAUGAGAGAAUUAGUGGUCAUGAAAACAGUUCUGUACACCAGGUAUGCACGAUGAAAUGGCUUCAUCGUUUGAAUAAUAAAACAAAUAUUAAUAAACAGUUAACGAAACAAUUAGAAGUAGAAGAAAAUGAUUGGAUCGAUAUUUUAAAACGCGUUGUUGAAGCUAUUCGUUUUCUUUCGACACGAGGUCUUACAUUUCGAGGUAGUCAUGAAGUGAUUGGAGUUACGGAUAAUGGUAAUUAUUUAGGAAUACUUGAGUUGAUUGCUAAAUUUGAUCCUGUGUUGAAAGCACACAUAAAAAAUUAUGGUAACAAAGGCAGGGGCAGUGUGUCUUACAUAUCAAAAACCAUCUGUGAGGAACUUAUUAUUGGUAUCAUGUCUUUAAAAGUGUUUGAUCACAUUGUCGAUGAAAUUAUUAAAUCUAAGUAUUUUGGUAUUGUCGUUGAUUCAACUCCAGAUCUUGCCCAUAUUGAUCAGCUGUCGAUAAUCAUACGUUAUUGUUUGAAUGGUACGGUACAUGAAAGAUUUCUUGGCUUUGUCACUUUUCAUAGUCAUACUGGUGAAGCUCUAGCUACGACUGUCUUAGAAUUUCUCAAACGAAGUGGUAUCGAUAUUGCCAACUGUCGUGCGCAAACGUAUGAUAAUGCUGCCAACAUGUCUGGGAAAUAUCGUGGACUACAGGCUCAAAUUAAAGAUCUAAAUGAUUUAGCAUUUUAUGUCCCAUGUGUGGCACAUUCUUUAAAUUUAGUUGGAGAUUACAGUGCAAAAGAAUGUUUAGAAGCAAUCAAUUUUUUUUCAAUUCUUCAAAAAUUAUAUGCGUUUUUUGCUGCCUCUACGCAUAGAUGGGAUGUAUUAUUAAGAAACAGUAAAAAAAGUAGUAAGACUUUAAAAAGUCUCUCCAGUACACGGUGGUCUUGUCGUAAUGAUGCUAUUGAAGCAUUAGCUGGUAAUUAUGAUGAGAUAUUUAAUACGUUAUCUGACAUUUCUAAAGAUAUGAAUGAAAAUGCUGACACUCGUCAUGAUGCCAAUUCAAUUAAGAAAAAGUUAAUAAAAUUAGAAAUAGCUUUUAUGACUAUUUUUUGGAAACGUGUUCUAGGCAGAUUCAAUGCUACAAGUGUUUAUUUACAAAGAAUUGAAAUUGAUAUGGUUUCUGAAGAAAAAAAGGAAAUUGUUUUAGGUGAAAAGGCCUCAAUAAAAGCAAUUGAUUUAAACCGUAUGAGUGAUGAUGAUCAUUCAAUUGGCUCUAGUAUUUUGGACUACUACGAGUAUGGUCAAAUGAGUAGUUGUGGUAGUGAAUCAAAUAAUAGUAUUAUCUAUGGCAGCAAUAAAGAUCCAGAAUACAAUAUUUAUGAAAAUCAAUGUAUAGAAUAUGAUGUAGAUGAUAAUUUUGAUGUUUAUUGUCAAUCAUAUUUUGAUACUGAUUCAAGUAAAGAAUGUAGCAAAGAAAGAGAAGAAGUAGGAACUGGAAUUGAAAAUAGUACUGAAAUUGUAAUUAAUGAUCAGUGGCGGAUUGUGCCACCGGGAGGCCGGGAAGUUUCCCGGUGGGCCGGAGCCGGUCAUAGCUAA